AUGUUGACCAGCGCCUUGGCGACGGUGACCACCCUCCUGUGUUGGGUUGACUGCGUGAUGGCCACGCAGGUCGCCUUCUCCAACUUCUCCAUGGACAGCGACGUGCACUCCAGCUUCAUCCAGCGGCGGCUGCGGAGCCAGGAGCGCAGGGAGAUGCAGCGGGAGAUCCUCUCCAUCCUGGGGCUGCCGCGCCGGCCGCGCCCGCACAUCCACACCAAGCACAACGCUGCGCCCAUGUUCAUGCUGGACCUGUACAACACCAUCUCCACAGACCCAGCGGAGCCGCAGGGGUAUUCCUACUAUAAGCCAGUGGUGCCGACCCAGGCCUCCCCCAUGGUGACCCCACAGGACAGCCGCUUCCUGGAUGACGCAGACAUGGUGAUGAGCUUUGUCAACCUGGUUGACCAGGAUCAGGAUCUUCGCUACCAGCAGCACCGGAGGGAAUUUCGGUUUGACCUAGCCCGUAUUCCAGAGGGGGAGGCGGUCACAGCAGCAGAGUUCAGGAUUUACAAGGAUUUCGUCCAGGAACGCUAUGAGAAUGAGACCUUCAUAGUCAGCAUCUACCAGGUCCUGCAGGUCUCUAAAAAUAGUGAAGUGGAGCUGUUGCUGCUGGACCAGCGAGACGUCUGGGCUGCAGAGGAGGGCUGGCUGGUGUUUGACCUGACCCCCACCAGUAACCAUUGGCUGGUCAAACCUGAGCAGAACCUGGGCUUGCACCUGGUCUUGGAGGACAGCCAUGGCCACAGGAGGAACCCCCGGCUGGCAGGGCUGGUGACUGGCACCGGGCCCCAGGACAAGCAGCCCUUCAUGGUUGCCUUUUUUAAAGCCAGUGAGGUUCGCUUCCGCAGCAUCCGCUCCACCCACGGCCACAAGGGUCGCCAGUCUCACCGCUCCAAACCUCAGAGGACUGUUCAGGACGCGUUGAAGGCAGUGGAAGCUGCAACAGAUAAUCUUGGAUUUUCUAAAGAAGGAUGUAAAAAACACGAGCUCUAUGUCAGUUUCAGAGAUCUGGGAUGGCAGGACUGGAUCAUAGCACCAGAGGGCUACGCCGCGUACUACUGUGAAGGGGAAUGUGCUUUCCCUCUCAACUCCUACAUGAAUGCCACCAAUCACGCUAUCGUGCAAACUCUGGUGCACUUUAUCAACCCGGAGACGGUGCCUAAGCCCUGCUGCGCCCCAACGCAGCUCCACGGCAUCUCAGUGCUCUACUUUGACGACAGCUCCAACGUCAUCCUGAAGAAGUACCGCAACAUGGUGGUCAGAGCGUGUGGCUGCCACUGA